UAGUUUCUCUCUCUCAAAUCCGAAACCCUCUUUCUCUCUUUAUUUUGGUGGCGGCUGACUGACACACACUCUCUCACACCGCCCGUUGUCUCUCUAGGGUUUUACAACUCCUCCUUUUUGGAGAUCUAUCUUUGUUAUGGCCACCGUUGCUCCUCCUGCUGAUCGUAUCCUUAUCAUAUGUCUACUCCUUGUUUUUCUCCUCCUGUUCAAAUCAUUGUUAUAGAAGUGUUGUUCCUUCACUUUACUGCUAUAGAAGCUGCAGAUUUGCUGCAGAAGUUGUCAUUGGAUUCUCAGAAUAAGACACUUGAAAUUUCAGAGCCAAAAAAGAAGCCUUCCGUGGACUCAAAAGACGUUGGAAAUGGCCAGAUCCAGUCAGUGGAUCGAUCUGUGACCCCUGUGUUGCCGGAUUUCAUGGAUCCAACUUUGUGCUAUGUUCCUAAUGGUUAUCCCUCUACAGCAUACUAUUAUGGAUAUGAUGGUUCUGGUAAUGAAUGGGAGGACUAUUCAAGAUAUGUGAAUUCGGAUGGAGUUGAUAUGACUGGAGCAUAUGGGGACAACGGGUCACUUAUGUAUCACCACGGCUAUGGUUAUGCAGCCUAUAGUCCAUACUCGCCUGCUACUUCCCCUGUCCCCACUGUGGGGCAUGAUGGCCAGCUUUAUGGAGCACAACACUACCACUAUCCAUAUUUCCAGCCCGUCCCUCCAACCAGUACUCCAUAUGCUACUUCGGUUGCUCCACCAAAAGGUGAGAUUUCCACCUCUUCUGUUGCGGACCAAGCACCAUUGUCUGUGGAUUCUGCUACUGGAAAAUCUAAUGGCAUUGCAAAUGGGCCUACAUCUGUGAGGCCUGCAUUCCAGAGCUCAUCCUUAAAUACUAAUGGUUCUUUUGGACGGGGAGCCUAUCCUGGAGGAGUUGCUUCUGGUUAUCAGGAUCCUAGAUUUGGUUUUGAUGGUGUACGAUCGCCCAUUCCAUGGCUAGAUGGAUCAAUAUUCAAUGACGGGCAAGCUAGGAUAGUGACGGGUAAUUCUGUUACACCAUCAUUUUCGAAUGGCAGUGCUGUUCUAUCAUCAAAAAAUCAGAAUGUUCAUCCGCAUGUAGUGCAGGGUUUGCACCACCCUAGGCCCUCGUCUGGCAUGAAUACAACUAAUGGCUAUAUGAAUAGGAUGUAUCCCAACAAAUAUUAUGGGCAGUAUGGGAAUACAUUCAGUUCUGGCAUGGGCUUUGGGUCCAACCGGUAUGAUUCUCGUACUACAGGUCGUGGGUGGAUGGCUGUUGAUAACAGAUUUAAACCCAGGGGUAGAGGAAGUAGUUUCUAUGGCUACGGCAAUGAGAACAUGGACGGUCUAAAUGAGCUCAACAGGGGACCAAGAGGUAAAGGAGCGAAGAAUCAGAAGGGUAUUACACCAGUUGCUCUGGCAGUCAAGGGGCAGAAUAUUCCGCUCAAUGUAACCAAUGAUGCCGAAAAAGAUAAACCAAGCUUGAUAUUAGACAGAGAACAAUACAACUGUCAAGAUUUUCCAGUGACAUAUACUGAUGCCAAGUUUUUUAUCAUCAAGUCUUACAGUGAAGACGAUGUGCACAAAAGCAUCAAAUAUAAUGUUUGGGCUAGCACACCAAAUGGUAACAAGAAGCUUGAUGCUGCAUACCAGGAGGCUCAACAGAAGUCUGGAAGUUGUCCUGUCUUCCUUUUCUUCUCGGUAAACACAAGCGGACAGUUUGUUGGUGUUGCAGAGAUGGUAGGACCGGUUGAUUUCAACAAGAAUGUGGAUUAUUGGCAGCAAGACAAGUGGAUCGGCUGUUUUCCUGUCAAAUGGCACAUUGUGAAGGAUGUUCCAAACAGCUUAUUGAAACAUAUCACUCUGGAAAACAAUGAGAACAAGCCUGUUACCAACAGCAGAGACACUCAGGAGGUUAAAAUGGAUCAGGGCCAACAGCUGCUUAAAAUAUUUAAGGAUCAUAUUAGCAAACAGUGCAUCCUUGAUGAUUUUGAGUUCUAUGAGGAUCGUCAGAAGAGAAUCCAGGAAAAGAAGGCCAAGCAGCAGCUAUUCCAGAAGCAGCCGCAGGUGUGGGAAGGCAAAGUCUCUGAAGAGAAGAACAAAGAAAAUGCUAACAGCGAACUUAAUUCCCAGAAACCUUCAGAAGUUUCUGCUGUUUUGAACAAGGAAGGUUUACUGCCUCUUCAACCUAAUGGACAGGUCAAGCUUGCAGAAAAUGUUUCAGUUACAAAAUUAGUGGAUGAUGUGAAGGGUGCAAAGCCAGUCAUUGGGUCGGACAAGAAACCUGUAGCUAAUGGGAUAGCAAAUGGGGUUGCUAAUGCAUGCUAGCUUCAGCCUAAUUAAGGGCGGUCUGUUGUUAACAGUUCCUAAAUUGGAGCGUUGACUACAUGCUGAUAUUUGGUUAGAUCUCAUAACCGUUGGACUGCCCACUUUUGUCCUAGCUGUGUUUGAAGUUGGUUCUUGCAUAAAGAACGAGAUUCCCAUGGUAAAAUCAGUUAGUGACAAAGCUAUUUCAUCUGCUUCUAGGACAUCAGAAAGUAAUGUUAGCCCCAUAUUUCCUCAUGGGCCAGGUUCCUUGCUUUGCUUUAGCUUCUGACGGGUUUCAUACACCUUUGGGAUUUGGGUUUUAGGAUAAUUUACCUUUGCUUUUUGUUUAUUUUGACUUGUGGGGUUUUGGUUCAUUUUUUCUUUUUCUUUAUCCUUAGUUGGGGGUUUACAGUUGGAGUUCCUGUUGUUAUUAUUAGUUUGGCUCCUAAUCCUAUCUUGUAAAUCUAGAUCAAUCUGUUGUGACAGGUCAACAGUGCUUUUGGUACUGGUCAAAAAGAGCUAGAAUCAAGGUGGGAAUGCAUUGCAAUAUAGUUUGUCCAAAGAUCUUAUGAUAGUGAUGUUUCAAUUUUUGUUC